AUGUCCUUUUCCAAUCCGCGCCGCAGAAUGACGACUUGUUCCGGGUCUGUCGUCGAGAAGGAAAUGGCACUUAAAAACACCACGUCCCUCCAGAAGGGUGCCACCUUUCAUUCUCCUUCAUCACCCAGAUAUCAUAACCUUGAUGAAGAUUAUCUCCCACCACGCCUCGCACGCUCUCAGUCUCAGCUGGACGACGUCAUCGACGCCAAUAGCCGACGCAUGGUCUUGACUUCCACUAUCGAUGAUAUCAACGAGGCUCUUGCCAAUACCUUCCUUUCCGAGUCGAAACAAAACACAAAAUUAGCCUUCCGCGACAUCUCGACUCCUGUUCCCCGUGGGCUCUUCGAUCUCCCCGUCGUCGACCCAGCCAAGGCGAAAGAACAGGAGCAACUAGUUCUCCGUCCGCGCUCAGUGCACCACCGACACCAACAUUGUUCCGACAGUGGCCUCGGCAGCUCGCUUGCCUCGACAAACGACAAGGCCUGCGUUGUUGAUGCUUCUCCCAAGCACACGAAAACUCAUACCGCGACCCGCACCGCUGCCGCCAGUAACAUUUGCCUGGCACCCCCGCUCAGCCUCCGCACUGUGAAUCGUAUUCACGAGCACAUACUUCGUCCUCUUCUAGAAGAACCUUCGCUUAAGUUCUUUGAAACAAUCAUGUUGGACAUUCCCCGCCUCAUUCGUUCGAGGACCAUCAACUGUCUUCGGGAUGUUGAGAAGAAUCUAAUUUUCAAGGCUCCGGUAAGUCAACUUUUAACAGGCGUUGGUGUUUGGAGUGAUGCUUAUCGAAAUUUGCGCAUAAAGGAAAAGGCAAAGUCCGCCGCUUGCUACUUGCAUUUCUGUCGCUCCGUGAUUCGGUGUCUUCAAACGACUGUCGAUUACGUCCCCGUCCACGAGCAAGUUCGACCUGGCGACCGCCCUUACACUGGCGGAUAUCACCUCGACUUGACGACACAAGUCCUUGAAUACGCCAGAUUGCUUGCCACCCAAGAAAAGGGAGACCUUCCCGACGAAAUGCAAAUCGAUAAGUAUGUUCCACGAUUUGUGCCUCUCGACUACCCAGCUAAUACCUCGUCCAGAGGUGACGAUAUUCGCCUAUUUGGUGGCAUCACCGAGAACGGCCGCCCAGCUGAGCUUGUUCGCGUCAAGAAGGAUGGUACUGCCUUCUCCAUGUCCACUGGUAAGCCAGUGGACCUGAACGAGACGCCCGUCAGAUUCAAGCGCUCCCUCAGCGAGGAGCUUGACGACGAGGAGGAAAUUAUGCGUUCCAUGGCCCGCCGCAAGAAGAACGCUACUCCCGAAGAACUGGCUCCAAAGAAGUGCCGCGAGCCUGGCUGCACCAAGGAGUUCAAGCGUCCCUGUGACCUGACCAAACAUGAGAAGACACACUCUCGUCCUUGGAAGUGCCCCUUUCCCACCUGCAAAUACCACAAGUAUGGCUGGCCUACCCAAAAGGAGAUGGACCGUCACCUCAAUGACAAACACUCUGACGCUCCCGCGAUGCACGAGUGUUACUUCAAGCCUUGCCCAUACAAGUCCAAGCGCGAAUCCAACUGCAAACAGCACAUGGAAAAGGCUCACGGUUGGACCUACAUACGUACCAAGUCCAGCGGUAACAAGAAGGCCUCUAAGCCUAUCAACGUGGACCGGCCCGCCAUUACCUACAUUUCUCCUCCCAAUACCACGCCCAGCUACAGCUUGCCAACCCCACCCCGGGAUGCUAGUCCCCCGGGUGUGCCUGCUGAUUUUCUAGUUGAUCCAGGGAAUACGGAUUUCCUCCCUGUCGGAAUCUCCCCUCGGACGCUCGAGAACAGGGAUCUCAUCGCCGAGAACCAUUCCCCCUCUUCUACAGUCGCUACAUUCGGUUCAUUGGAGCCUUACCAGACCGGACCCGGAUUUCUUGAGGAAGUUGAGGAACUCUACGCCGCAAGAAUGAUGCUUCCGGAGCUUUCUCACGUGGGUGAGUCUCCGUACAACAAGGCCAUCUCCUCUCAGAUUCCCAACCUCCAGAUGACGCCACCUACUACCGCUCAUGAAGAGGUCCCAACGCACUUUUCACCUGCAGCUCGGGGCAAUGCGAUGGCCGUCACUCUCCCUUCUCUCCAUGAUGUGGACGACGACGGCUGUCGUGACCUCCAAGUUGUCGGCGGUGAUUUCGACCUCUCUGAUAAUCUCGGCGCCCCCAAAAUGGUUGAUAUGCCCCUGUUUCCGGGUUUGGCAUUCAACUUCGCGUACUGUUCUCAAGAACCAGAAUUCUUAUCUGGCAUUGAACCUCAGUAUUACAAUUCCCAAGACCAAUUCGCACAUGAUUACUUCUGCCUGAAGUCAUUGUAUUACUCGAGUGUAUUGCACAAGCAGACGCCGAAAGCCUGGAUCCAGUUCCGACUCGUUGUCCAUGAUUGGCUAGCACAUCCCUCGACAGGUCUCCCACAUCGCGGCCAUCUUCUGGGGGUUUCACGGCCCGUCGUCACCAAAGCAAACUGA